AUGGAACCCCGCAGAACCCCUCCAGAGUACUUCCUGGAGGUCUUUGCGGACACCACCAGCGUGCGCGACGUCUUAAAGGGCAUCCUCAACCUCAUCUUCUUCCACCGCUACUUCCCCUCCAUCAGGCCUUCCACCCUCGACGUCCUCGACUUCACCCUCCCCGCCAUCAACGACGCCGACCUCGACACCCUGAUCGACUCGCGCAUCAGCGCCCUUAUCCGCCAGCACUCCGCCCCGGCUUCCGCCUCUUCCUCUUCCUCUUCCGGCGGCGUCCGCGGCCGUCUCGCCGUCGAGUUCUACGAAAAGAAGCGCCGUCGCUCCGGCAUCUGGUUCGGCGGCCUAGCCGGCAAGGCCGAGGAAGAGGUCUGCUGGGAGGUGUGGAAUCUCGACGUGACCGUCGCCACGCCGCGGACCGAGUCCGAACGCGCCAAAGUCCGCAAAGCCAUGGAAAAUAUGCUGCACAAGGCCGCGCUCAAGAUCCUCGCCGUCGUCAACCGCGACAAGGACCAUAUUCCCCCCAUCACUACCAGCGACUCUAACCCCUUCCCCUACCGCAUUGUUCUCAACCCGCGUUCUGAUGGGUGGCAGAAUCGUUUCGGGUUAUACUGA